CAUCACUCUUCUUAUGAGGAGAGUCUGCCCAGCUGAAUUAUGCUGUGCAGCUCAGAGGGUCUAAAACAUUCACAAUGAUGGAGAGCACAAACUUAAUCGCGUCCGUCCGCGGACGAAAAUUCGGACUAGACCGGGUCAGUAAACGUCUAUGCAAUUUCACCUCUACAGAUGUCGAGACCUUAAGGGGUGCUUUAGCUUGAUUCCAGCCUCAUUACCAGUGCAUAACACAAUGCCCAUAAUCAUUUGAUGACAUGUUGUGAACGUUGUUUCCCCUUCGAACAGCGCGCUUCCUCCGAGCUCGAGCGUGUGUUUACUCGGAAUCGAUGGAACAAUCUACACGCAACACUUGUUCGCAUAGUAUAAGUAUUCGCCUCUUACCACGAGGUAAGUCAUUCUGUUCCAAAUACAACAUCUGCAACCUCGAGCGAAAUUUCUGUCAAUAGCGACAUUCAAAAACUCUCUGCCUGGUCCCACGGCAGCCACUUGCUCCAACGAGCCCUGACGACCUUCAAGGACUUUCUGCCUAUCAUCACUAUGGGUAAAUAUGAAGAUUGUCGCAUCCUCAUUGUUGGGGCAGGCUCCAUGGGCAUAAUCAUGGGCUAUGAUCUACAAUUAGCAGGAGCCAAAGUAACAUUUCUUAUUCGCCCUCAUCGAGUCGAAGCAUUGAAGCAUCCUCAAAAAUUGUACAGCUAUGACGAUCACCAGCUCAAGGUAUACACAGGUUACAAAUACAUCACAAAUCCAGCGGAGAUGGUAGGCGCGGCCUACGACUACAUAGUUAUUACACUCGAUGGAGCUGCUUUGCGAAACGAAGUUGGCCAAAACCUGACGAAAACGAUUGGGGAGGCGGUUCGAAACACCAAGACUAAGGUCAUUCUCGGCACUGUGUUCAUCAACAUACGAUCUUGGUUUCUCGAGACAUCUGGCCUAGCAAGCGAUCAGGUGGUAAGUGGUCAGCUUAUUACACACAUCUACCCGACCAACGCUGUGACCCUGCCCGUACACCCACCCACAAACGAGAAAUUACUCGCCGAAGCAGAUCACGCUUACACUGAUUGCCUCGGUUCUGGUUUCACCGUAAGCAACAGCUCAGCAGCAGGUGCAAACGACUUUGCCGAAUUAUGGAACGCAAGCGGGGUUUCGACCUGCGAUGUGGUCUCACAGGAGCAGCUGUCACUAAAUUCGACUGCUCUCUUUCCCCUCUUGGCCGUUUGCGAGCUUCUCAACUGGCCGAACUUCCAGAAUUUCGAUAGUACCGGGGAGCUAUGGGGCCUUGCUACGGCGGCAGUGAGAGAGAUCCAAGGGCUUAGCAUGCAUGGCACAAUAGGCCAACAGGCGGCAGCAGCUACCACAGAGGCUGGCCUUGCGCAAUUAUUUGCUGGGAUUGGGAGCACAAUGCUUCCUAUGGACUGGCCAGCGUUCAACCGCUACCAUCAUGGCAAUAAGGUCAAUGCCCAGGAUCGAGAGCUUCUUCGAGUCGCCAUCGCCUGCGGAGAGGCGGAGGGCAAGUCCAUGUCUGCAGUGAAGGAACUCUUGCACCGUGUUGAGCUUGCAUGAACGCAGUCAUAUGGCCUGGAUCAUCUUGUGGGAGACGAGAAUUCGAGGUCCACAACUUCAACUUUUGUACCCUCUCACUGGCGAAGAUGAAAGAUAGUCCCCCGUAUUCUGACGAGGUUUACCUCACCGUAAAUAUAAAAUGAGACUACUUAUGAGAUGAAA